CCUAGACCUCGACGCUUAUGGCUUCGGCUACAGUUCCCAACACGACGAUGGAGGACCACAAAUUGCCGAGAUGAUUUUCCAGAUCUCAUGAAGAUCAAGUCAUAUAAGAUCUGCGGUUUCCCGCACAUCUAUUCGCGAAUUCCUUCUCUCUCUAUUCCAUCACAAAACAUCAAGCAGCCAGUCUUCUGUUUUUUCUUCUUCAUUCUUUUAUAUACAGCUGUGCUGUCCUUUCGUUUCUUGUCAUCACUCGACUAUCUUCAACUGCCCUGUCGUUGACGACCAAACAUUUCGACUUCCUAACCUCGUCACACAUCCUUCAAUAUGCGUUUCUCCAUCGCUCUUAUUGCCGCUUCCGCUGCUGCGGUUCACGCCGGCGUCUUCACUCAAAAAACCUACAACGCCAUUUCAAUCUCAGGAGGUGUCGCCGGCAACGCAGAAAAUGAAGCGCUUGCUGUAUUCAGCGCACUAGACCAGAACAACCUAGCUAGCGCCGAUAAGGCCGACAUCGAUUUCCUCAAGUCAGUUAACAGAAUUUGCAAUGAUGCCGAAGAUAAAGCCUUCAAUACCGCCAUUGACGCGGCAUCCGGUGAUGCGGCCGACGCCCUUCAGCGCGGCAAGAUCAAGAACAAGGUCCUCAAGCUCGAGGCUACCAUUCUCCGUCUCAAGAUCCAACAAGCGCAGGGAGUUGAUGUUGCGAAGGACAUGGCAGCCGAACUGAAGAAGCUUAACAACAACAUUUCACAAGACGAGGCCCAGGCUGGAAAGCCAUCGACCUCGCUAUCCUUCAAUGCGUCGACUUCUUGAGAGGGUAACAGGCUAGGAGACUAGGAGACUCAGCGUUUGGGAAGGAGGGAUAUCCAUUUCCUGUUCAUGAAAUGGACCAGAAAUGAGGGAUAGAUACGAGUAUGCGCAUUAAUUUUAUUGCUUUGAUGGAAUGAAAAA